AUGCAGGCCUCAAGCUCCCCCAACAACUUCCAAGUCACUCUGCCUGCUGUCAACCAGCCGCUGACAUUUGACGACCUGAGAUCCAUCUCCCCUGCUGCUCUCGAAGAGUCUGCCCAUUUUGCCGGCGACGCUUCCAGCUGCCAUUCUGGUAUGCAGCACUCCUUUGCCUAUAGCGCCACAGAGACUGCCUCGCCGUUUGGCCCCGUCUCCUACGACAGCAAGAGCGCGACGCUGCAACGCAGUGCCGCCUACACUCUGCCAUUGUCUUCACCAACUCAGAGCCUCCUCAGCCAUUCCAUUGAAAGCGAUUUUCCCAUGGACGGCUCACACGGUCCCAGCACUCCCGAGGAGUGGUCCACGAUGCUGACCAACGCCGACAAGACCUACCAACAGUCGUGGAACAGUGGCGUCGCGCCUUACUACGACAGCUACGCCGCGCAGGACAUGUCUUGCUCCAGCAUCCAGGCCUCACAGAUAGCUCACCUCGGUGCUGGUUUCGAGAAUCAGCCGGACAUGCACUCUUCUGAGGAUUUGCUCACCACUUCCAGCAGCAGCGCAUACCCAGCCUUUGUUUCCAUGGCCCCUCUGCCAUACGGCCGCGACCACCUGAGCCACGGCGCUGCCAGCUCUGCGGUGCCUCGCGGCUUCAGCCAACACAGCGACGCCUUUUCCGGCCUGCUUGUUCCCUCGAUCGAUAGCGAUGCUAGACACUCGAGCCCAUCUUCCUUUAGCACCGGCGAUGAUGCCACUACCAACACACGCGCUUCUUCCGUCUCAAUUCCCCGCAAGAAACACAGCCGUGACAUGAAGAAGCAGCAGCGUCGCCCGUCACCCGUCAGCGUCGGCCGCGCUUCCCAAACUCUUCUACCAUACCCGACUCCCUCUUCUGCUACUACCACUACCACUCUGCCUUCCAUGAGAACCCUGACAGAAAGCACCAUUCCCGAGUGCACAGCCUGCAACCUGACCUUCCGCGACAUCCCUACUCUCCAGAAGCAUAUCAAGUCUGAGCACACAAGACCGCUCCUCUGCGUCUUCCACUACGCUGGAUGCACCUCGCGAUUCGCGUCCAAGAACGAGUGGAAGCGCCAUGUUGCCUCGCAGCACCUAGCUCUCCGCUACUGGAUCUGCACCGAGGGAACCUGCGGCCAGACUCGUGGGCCUUCGACGCGCGCUCGCGCCGCCUCGCUCCCUGCUUUUGGCUCCAUCUUUAACCGCAAAGAUCUCUACACCCAGCACAUCCGCCGCAUGCACUUGGCUCCCGAAGGCAGCCCCGUCAUGGGGUCUGGCUCAAGGAAGCCCGUCCCUAGUGAGAUUGAGGACCGCAUGCGCGAGCUCCAAGCCAGCGCCGCCCGCACGCGCUGCCAGCUGCCCACAUACAUGCUGUGCCCUGCAUCGGGCUGUCCCUCUGAGUUCCACGGUCCCAACGCCUGGGACGACCGUAUGGAGCACGUUGCCCUGCAUCUCGAGCGAGCCGCCAGCGGCGAGGAACCCCCCGUGGCCUUUGGCGGUCCUGGCGACUGGACACUCACCGACUGGGCGGCUAGCGAUGGCGUCAACGUGACGCGUCAGACCUCGCACGGCGACUGGAAGCUGUGCAACCCGUUGCGCGGUGAGGGCGGCAGCUCCCGCGGUGGUCGUUCCGGCGGCUCGCGCACCAGCGUUACCUCGGGCGCUGCCCGGCGAGCCUCGAUGGCUCGUCACGGUGCCGACGACGAGGAUGCCGAGGGCGAGGAAUGCAACGCUUGGAGUCGGUCAUGA